AUGUCGGUCACGCUCAACCCGUCCAGCCAGCUCGGCUUCCAGCGACCUCUCACGCAGCUCGUCAAGCGAACCCUCACCGUCUCGAACCACAACCAGUCGGCCGUCGCGUACAAGGUCAAGACUACCGCACCCAAGCAGUACUGCGUUCGCCCCAACUCGGGCAGGAUCGAGCCGGGGGAGACGGUCGAGGUGCAGGUGCUCCUGCAGCCAAUGAAGGAGGACCCGCCCGCCGGCGCCAAAUGCCGCGACAAGUUCCUUAUUCAGAGCGUCAUCAUCACUCCCGAACGCGAAAGCGCCGCACUUCCCGACCUUUGGCAAGCCGUCGAGAAGGAGGAGAAGACGAGGACAGACGGCCAGUCGCAGAUUUUCGAGCAGAAGAUCCGCUGCACCUACCUUCCUGCCGCCGACUCGGAUGCAUCGCAGCCUAUUCCUGAAGAGACAGCAUCGAGUGUCGACGCUUCCCGUGCAGGCCCGGACGCCUCGUUCGUCUCGACCUCCGCCCGCGCCCCUUCGCCUCCCCAGACUAGCGGAGAGCCAGCUUCCGCGGCUGUUGAGCCGCCCACGACCAGCACACCUCCUCCGGCAGCCGCUUCCGCUGGCGAAGGCACGCCUGCCUACCUCAACCCGGUCACUAGCAAGGCGCGAGAUGCGGUCGCCGCUGCGGGAGGUGCAGUCGCUGGCGCUGCUUCAGCCGCUGGUCUGACCGGCGUUGCCUCCAAGAUCGAGCAGAACACGCCCGCUCCCGCCUCUUCCGCCCGUUCCUCUCCUCCAGCCUCAUCCACCCCUUCCUCCAACACCUCAGCCGACGAAGUCUCUCGCCUUCGCUCAGAACUCGCUUCCGCCAAGGCGGAAAUCGAGCGCCUCAAAAAGCAGCUCGACGCGGCAGAAACGGCGAGCGCCACGCUGCGCAGCCGUGGAGCAGGCGCCGUUGACAAGAACACGGCGGGUGCGGGAACGAGUCAAGCGGUCGUCGAGAUGAAGGGACAGGAGGGCGUGCCAGUCCAGGUGGUCGCUGGCAUCGCCUUCGGCGUCUUCGUCGUCACUUGGCUCUUCUUUUAG